AAAGAGCAGAUGGUUUGGCGUUGGACAUAGCGCGCCAAUGCGCAUGCGCACAACACUCAGUGUACCUCAUCUCUGUGCUGCUGCCCAGCCUCCAAACAAGCGACGAGCCACUGGGAUCACCACACACACGCUAGCCCUUUUCCUGAAGCCCCUGAGUCAAAGGUCGGGCCCUGCAAUGGGAUGUGGUCCCUCUCAGAUGACUGAAGAGCUUAGAGAGAAUCCGAAAAGCAUAAAGAGAAAGCACAUUGAGAAUCAAAAAUAAGUCUGCCUGUGCAGAGUAAUAAAGAUCCCUUCCCCAUUAAGCUGUUUUCCCCCUUUUCGCCAAUAUGUCAACGGUCACUUCAGCAACCCCAGAAGCUCCUGCGAUCACCAACCCUCCUCCCCCUGAGGUGACCAACCCUACCAAACCUGGCCGCAAGACUAACCAGCUGCAGUACAUGCAAAAUGUAGUUGUCAAGACACUGUGGAGGCACCAGUUUGCAUGGCCUUUCUACCAGCCUGUUGAUGCCAUUAAACUUGGUCUUCCGGACUAUCACACGAUCAUAAAGAAUCCAAUGGACAUGGGCACCAUCAAAAAACGACUGGAGAAUGUGUACUACUGGAGUGCAAGCGAGUGUAUGCAGGAUUUCAACACAAUGUUCACAAACUGUUAUAUUUACAACAAGCCAACAGAUGACAUUGUGUUGAUGGCACAAGCGUUAGAGAAGAUCUUCCUACAGAAGGUGGCCCUGAUGCCUCAGGAGGAGGUUGAACUUCUUCCUCCUGCCCCAAAGGGCAAAGGGCGCAAACCAGCAGGGCCUGGUCAGCAGGAUGGGUCAGUCUCUUCUGGCUCGCCCACUUCUGUUUUCCCUGGUGCCGCCUCACCGAGUUCAGAGACAGCAGUUGUAUCUCCAGCUCCAGUGCCCACCAUCACUCCUAGUGUACCAGCUGUACAGAACACAACCACUGCCGCCGUUAUACCCGGCAUGCCUCCGUCGCAACCCACGAUCAAAAAGAAGGGGGUAAAGAGGAAAGCAGACACAACCACCCCUACUACCUCUGCCAUCACCGCCAGCAGGAGCCAGUCACCCACCCCUCUUUCAGAAGGCAAACAGGCCAAGGUGGCAUCCAGGCGAGAGAGCACUGGUCGCCCCAUCAAACCCCCUAAAAAGGAUUUUGAGGAUGGAGAGCUAGGCGUACACGGAAGCAAAAAGGGCAGGCUUUCAGAGCAGCUCAAGUACUGCGAGGUUAUCCUUAAAGAAAUGCUUUCAAAAAAGCAUGCUGCAUACGCCUGGCCUUUUUACAAGCCUGUUGACGCAGAGGCUCUCGAGCUACAUGACUACCAUGACAUAAUCAAACACCCCAUGGAUUUGAGUACAGUGAAGAAAAAAAUGGACAGUCGAGAGUACCAAGAUGCACAGAGUUUUGCUACAGAUGUCAGAUUAAUGUUCUCAAAUUGUUACAAGUACAACCCACCUGAUCAUGAGGUGGUUGCUAUGGCCAGAAAGCUGCAGGAUGUGUUUGAAAUGCGUUUUGCAAAAAUGCCCGAUGAGCCAGUGGAGGUGGCCGGGGCAGGCGGUGUAGGCGGGGCCGGUGUGGUCAGUAAGAGUACUGUCAGCAGUGAGAGCAGUGGCGACUCCUCCACCUCUGACAGCUCCGACUCCGAGGAGGAGAGGGCCACCCGGCUCGCCGAGCUGCAGGAACAGGUGGGUGCGGAACAGUGUAUCUCUUUGGAGCACCCCAUUGGUAGCAGACAGGGGAUAAAAAACGGGUGCACCAAGAAUAAUCAGCUGAAAGCCGUCCACGAACAGUUAGCCGCUCUUUCUCAGGCCCCCGUAAGUAAACCAAAGAAAAAGAAAGAGAAGAAAGAAAAAGACAAGAAAAAGAAAGAGAACAAGCACAACAAAUCCAAGCCAGAGGAGAAAGGCAAGCCAGGACAGCCACCGAAACCAGCCCAGCAGAAAAAGGGUCCUGCCAGAAAGGCUAACAGCACUGUUCCAGGCAACAGGCAACCAAAGAAGGGUGGCCGAGGGCCAGGCUACGAGUCUGACGAGGAGAUGUCGCUCCCCAUGACAUACGAUGAAAAACGGCAACUGAGCCUCGACAUCAACCGGCUGCCUGGAGAGAAGUUGGGCAGGGUGGUCCACAUCAUUCAGUCCAGAGAGCCUUCGCUGCGGGAUUCCAACCCUGACGAAAUCGAAAUAGAUUUUGAGACGCUCAAACCUUCCACUUUGCGUGAGCUGGAGCGAUAUGUCAAGUCCUGUUUACAGAAGAAACAGAGGAAACCUCCACAGAAAGGAGGCUCAGGCCCCUCUCGGCUCAGUGGCAGCAGCAGUUCCUCAGACUCGGGCAGCAGCAGCUCCAGUGGUUCAACUUCAGAUAGCAGUGACUCCGACUGAACACUUUUUAUUUACUUUUUUAUUUUUUUAAAAACAUUGUAUGCAGUCAAGGUUGUUUCCCCUGAGACUUUUUAUAAGAAAGAGAAAGAAAAGAGACAAUAAAAAUGCAUCAUGUCAGAACUUUUUUUUUUUCUUUUGGAAAUGUCAUGAAGAAAAUUACAACUAAAAAGCAAACUAAUAAAUUGCUUUUUAUUUCCACUGACUCUGAAAGGGAUGUCCAAACUUAACUGCAAGGAGAGGAAGACUUGAAGCAUACUUUACGGUUCAAAUUCUCUUCCACGGCGUCCUGGUAAUGUUGUACGUUACCAAUGCAAACAUAAGCCAUCCCAUCUCAACAGAGAGAGCAGAAAACUGAAAGCUCACACUCUUCUCUCCAGAUUUGACUUCUGUACCAGUCUGUUGUAUUUAUUGUUUUUUUUUUUUUUUUUUUGCUGUGGCCUCAUAUUUUCCCCAUUGGGCACUGUGCCAUUAUUGAUUUAUUUCUUUGUAUUAUUGUUCUCUCAUAAACUGAGAAGUGUGUCUAUGAAAAUCAUGCCUUUCCCAAUGUCACAACACUUAGGUAGUCUGGGGAACAAAUGGCUUUAAUUAGGCGUAACAAGCUCUCUAAAUUUAAUUUGGCCAUUAUUAUAGCUGUAGAACAAUAUUAAAACAGAAUCAUAUACUCUUCAGCUAAUAAAUGUAUGGUUUAGGAAAAUAUUUUGAUGGGAAUCAAGUAGAUUUGGUGGUUUUGUACAGAUGCUUUACAAUGACGUGAACAUGUAAAUCAGUAAGCUGGAUCACAUGCGGACUUCCUGUCUUAUUAAACGCCUUGGUCAGCAAUAAAAUAUACAGAUUUCCAAAUAGUCACAACAAUGACUGACAUUUGUACAUCAGAUAACUUUAGAUAAGGUUAGAAGUGUUGGUGAUGGGGAUACUGAUACCUGGAAGCAGUAAAUGUCGUUUGUAUCUUGAUCUAUACUGCCAUGUUAUAAUAAUGAUAAUUAUGAUGCAUUUCUUAAUGUUUAUUUCAAAUGUUUUGACAAUGGUAGUUAAAUCGCAGAGUCUUCCUCUUUUCACUCUCUUGCAAAAUUGAUUCAUGAAUGUAAGUCUACAAUAGAUCUUAUGAAUAGUACGCAGUUCCAAUCAGUUGGGUUUCAAACAAGUUGUGUUCCCUUAAAGUUUCCCAGCCAUUCCUUCUGUGGAUUGCUUUACUAUCCAAUAUCUCUUAGAAUAACUAUGCGUUUGAUUAUUUUCUUAAGUGUUUGUAAGAUAUUGUAAUGUCCUCUCUAAUUACUUUAUUUAAAGAAAAAAAAAAUUGUAAGUAUUGUAAAUGGAACUGAUAUUUGUUUCGUUUUCUGAUGCAUAUGGUUUAUGGACAGGUGUUUUGAAGACUUUUGGGACAUAAUUGAAGAAACACUUAAUUUUGUAAUAAUUCUGACAAAGCUAAAAUUCAUGAGGGACAUGUAUCUUUCAGACUAAUUAAAACACUAAUAGACAUAGUCAAAACAUAAUUAUUUUAAGGUUAAUCAUGUUAUUAAUGAUUUUGUUGUCUGUCUGUGGGUGCACAUAACUACAAAGCUUCCCUAAGUCAUUUCUGAGUGUCUGAUACAAAUAUUGGUCAAGUCCUAUCUGUUUUCUAAGAAUGAUUUUUUUUAGAGACGGACUGAAAAGAAGAAAAAGUGUAUGACUAUAUAGAUAAAGUAUAUAUAUAUAAAUAUACAACUUAAUUUCAUUUUAGGCCCUGAUUUGAAAAGAAAGUUCCUUUUAUAUUUAAAACAAAAAGUUUACUUUUUAUUUUGACAUGCAUGCUGAUUUAUUGUAUUUUUCUUAAAAAAAAAAAAAAAAAAACAUUUUGAGCUGUUUAUAGUUAUACUGUACAUGUCAGUCAUGGAAACAACAAAAUCAAAAAUACAGUGUGAGUAGAUUUAGGCUUGUUUAUUGCGAUACGGGCCAGAGAGGGUUGGGGCAUUGGGUCAGAGGCAGUGGUAGAGGCUAACAUUUGAUGUAAUUGCCUACCUGGAAUGUCUUGUAUACCGGGUACAUUUUUUUCAUAAAAUAAAUUACAAAUUGCCUUUUA